UUAACCAGAUUAUAUACAAUCACAUUUAAGUAUACUGUAUGACGGUGUGCAUUGUUAAUAUAUAGGAUAAUAUUAACGUGACAAUCAGCCUAUGAAGACAGGAUUGAAGAUAUGUACGGGGAAACGUUCUACCGAUUCACAGGUGACAUAUGAAGCUGACUGAAAUACAAGGCAAACAGGCAUACAUGCAGCCAUCGUCAUAAUUUGUUUUGAUUUUUAUAAUUUGCAUUUAUAUAUCAGCAUAUAACUAUAAUAAAAUAAUCAUCAUUUUUAUAUUAUAAUUUCCAAGCAAAUAGCGAACUCGUUAAAAAAAGAACCGAUCGUCCAUCUGCGAACCUUAUAUAAACAUUAAUAUAUAGUGCAUGACAACACAAACUUGGUAAAGGAAUAGUGCCACUUACCGUUUUGAAAUACGAAUGGCUACUGGCUUUGGUAACAAAGACACCCGAAACUGGGUCAAGGCGUGUUUAGCAGUGAAAUGUGUCAGAAACGGACUAAUUCCUUUAGUUUUAAAGUACUGCCUUGAUCACUAUGAUGGUAACAUUCGAGAAGUUCGUUCGGUUUGCAAACUUCAAGAUUACACAUGCCGGCAAUGUAACGUUGAGGAGUUAGAACCAUUCCAUAAAGGAAAUACAAAAUGUAAAUAUGGACGUUGUGGCUGCAAAGUAAACAACAAGAAAUCGUGCAAGAACAAUGGUGCUUGCGGCGUUAUAUAUGAUCAAAUACAGGCUCAUCACACGACCAAUGACCCUAAUUGGUCAAACACUAAAAGCAACUUGUGGUCCAGAAGCCCGUGGGAACAGAUGAAAUGCUAUAUCAACACACCGGGUUAUACGAAAAGGACGAACAUAGAUGACGCUGACAUCACUGCACUGAUUCAAAUCUGUUUAAAUUACACGCCGUUGAAGAAACUGUUUGAUAGAAAUGUGUAUGACAUGGACAAGGUUCGAACGCUUAGAAAUGAUAUAUACCAUUCGGGUACCAUGGACAUCCCUAAUGACCAGUUGAAAAAUAUCAUUUCGCAAAUGAAGACAUUUCUGAAACUUUCCGUCUUCAAAGAUUUUCAGUCGGAUAUCAAAUGUCAACUGGAAAAUCUAAGAAAGUUGGAUAACGAUACAUUUGAGAUAACUGCUGAUACAGAAGAAGCUGCCAGAUCAGAUGCGCUCAGAGGAGUACAAGAAUCUGUAGCGGAGCUCAUUUCAAAUCAAAGGCUACUUGGAAAACAAAUAGAUGGUUUGCUAGAAAUAGGACAACAUCAAAAAGAAAACUGCAACUCACGAUUUGAAACUGUAAAUGACAAAAUUGAGCAAACACACCUUGAAUUAUUGGACCAACGCCGUCAAACUGCAGAAGACACAAAACUGCAAAAUGAACACAUGCAGACAUUACAAAAUACACAGUUAGAGCACGGUGCAGUGUUGAAAGAUUUUGAAAAGAACACACGAGCAGACCACGAACAAAUGUUUAAAAAGAUAGAGGAGAUACUUGAAUGCGUAAAACAACUGAGGGGUCUGAAUUUAGAGGACGCACCUACAGUUUCAGAUUCAAAAGUGACAAUUCAUGCACACGACGUCGAUAAAAACGUUGAGGGAAUACUAUCAGACAAAAUGUUUAACGCUGCUAAAAGUACAAUACAGAAGACAAAAGUCGACUCGGAAAACGAAGAACUCAUUCCACCGUUUGAAAAUGCGAUCAGUGUAUUGACGAAAGACGGAAACGAGAUUACCAACUUGAAGAAAAAAUGUGUUGAGAUUUACAUUGAAUCGCCAACAAUAAGAAGCUGGAUGACAUUGUGCGCUGAUUUUUUUAAUGGAAACAUUGAACGUGCCUUUCAACCGCUUCAACAGUGUUUACGGACACAUGAUGAAUACAAAAACCUCAUCUUAGAAAUACGAUUAGAUGCGGAAUACUUCUUUCAGUGCAUGAAAGCAGUCACUGACAACUUGUAUGAGCAAAUAAAUCUUCAAAAGCAGGAGAUUGUACAAAAGGAGAGUUCCACGGCAGUUGUACAAUGCUAUGACUUAACCGAUACUGAUUCAUGGACUUCCAAUAAUGAUCAGGAGAGGCAGAUUAAAUUGGAAAUUCUUAGAGGCACAAAGCAUUUAUCAUCAGACGAUACCAUGGGUGAUACUCCAGCCACACGUGUUUCUAAUUCGAAACCUCGAUUUCCUUCUGACUUCUGUCUAGCCGAUGCGUUCACUGAGUCGGAGAGGAGGAACUGGCUGAAAGCGUGGCUUGCAAUUGAUAUUGCAAAGUCUGGUUUAGAGAAAUUCGUUGAGAACGAGGCUUCAACUCUACACGGCAACAUAUACAAUGCUAUCUUGUCAAGUGGCGCCGUCAAUUGUAAAGGCUGCCACACCGCCAACUUGCUGAAAUGUCCUUCGCCAGGAAUAUGCAAUAAACGAGGAGCACAAAGCCAAUGCACAUCUAUGCAUGAUUCGCCGUUAAAACAACCACGACCAUGUCCUGCAAACGUUUGUAAUAGAGUCCGAGAUGAAAUUGCAAACCAACAUAAAUUUGCCUACCCUUCUUGGAAAAACACAUCGGCGAAUCAUUGGUCAUCAAGUCCUUGGCAAAUAGCCAAGGCGUAUUUUCCUCCUGAUGGUUAUACUGAAAAAAGUUCGGUACAAGAUACGGACUUCAACGGAAUCAUAAACUUUAUGAUGAACUGCAAACACUUCGAUAACAGGUUUUCGUUUCCCAUCGCUCCGGGAAAAACACAUCCGCCAUGCCUUUUGACAAAGGCGCGAGACAUUUGCAGAACAGUGCGCCAUUCGUCUACGUUCAAGGUUACAGACACAGAUCUCCUUGACAUUUUCACAACACUGACUAGCCUGCUGACUGAUACACAAAGUCUAGCCCACGACGUUGCUGCGCAGGAGGCUGUGAGGAAAUUAGCAAAGCUACAAUCCAACGUUCAGACGCUUACAACGGGGGAAAUUAUUAACUACGAGAACAUUUGUAAAGGGCACGGUGCCGACGUUGAAUGGUUCAACUUUGAUGGAGAGUUGAUAUUUAACAAAAUUGCACAAGAUCUAAGUCUAUACGAUGCAGAUGAAGAGGAGUUAGUGCUUAACAUGAACAAUGUAUCCAUGGUGAGGAGACCUCAGUGGAAUGCCCACUCCUCCAAAGAGGAUGCACAAUAUAUGACGAUGCCAGUGAGCCACGUGUUCAUACACCAUACGAUGAUGAAUGAGUGCUUCUCGCAAAUAGAAUGCAUCAAAGAGAUGCGCAAAAUACAACAUAUUCAUCAGGAUAUAAAUGGAUGGGCCGAUAUCGGUUACAACUUUGUGAUCGGACAGGACGGUAGGGUUUACAUGGGUCGAGGGUGGGAUCGGGUCGGGGCCCACACAUUGGGCUGGAAUAAGGAAUCCAUUGCAUUUGCAUUCAUGGGAAACUUUACGGGAAAACUGCCCACUGACGACGCCUUGAAAGCUCUUGAGGAAGCGCUUGUUCUUGGUGUGAAACUCGGUAAGCUCACGCCCGACUUUAAGCUGCACGGUCACAGGGACGCAAGGCCUACGGAGAGUCCAGGGCAGAAGCUGUACGAUUUGAUUUGUAAACAUGAACACUAUGAGCCAUUGUGACCAAAUAUUGUGACUUCCUCGCCGAAAUCUUGUGUAUAACAUUUAAAUAUAUAUAUGACAACUUUUCGUAUCGUUACACAUUAUUUGUUUAUUAUCAUUAUAAUUGUUUGCCUGAUAUGUAAAAACAUUUUAAGACUAUAUUGUAGAUCGAUCGUUAUCCCUCUCUUCCACAAUAUCUAUAUUUUAGUGAAUGUAAAUUUUAUUACAUGAUAUAAGCUUUAUGUGUUCGUUAAUUUUUACCAUAGACAUGUGAAAAAUGCAUCUUAAAUUAGUUUGUUGUUAAGAGUGCAAGUGGCUUUUGCUAGUAAUCAAGUAUGUAUCGAUAAUAGAUGAGCAAUAUUCUCGUUAUCUUUGUUAACUAUAGCAUGUGUAUGUAAUUGAUUUUGACAAUAAUAAUUAUUUUGAAGAUAGCAUACAGUUUGGAUCGAAUAAAAUUAU